CACAUCCACUUCUGUCUUCACUUCUCUGCUCGUUGAUCUGCUUGGAUCUGUUUUGUUUUUUUGUUUUCCCUGGCACAGGAUGUGCUUAUCGGUGUUUCUUCCUGUAGAUAACCCGGCAGACUGUCUCUGAAACGCUUUCUCCUGAACUUUGCCUGCAGCUCGUCUCUUUGUCCUGGACUUGGGAGGACAUGGACGCCACCCUGGACCUGGUCGUGCUGCUGCUGCUGUUGCUCGGCAUGCAGAUGUCACUGCAAGAACAGGCGCCCCCUUCUGGUCGUUGUGAUGAGCUGCAGAUGUUGGAGUAUCAGACGUUGUGCACGUCUUGUGCUGCUCCAGUCAGCUGUCCUCACGGUUUCUCCAGUGAUGGAACCUCCAACUGCAGUUACGUGGUUCAGCUUGGCAGCAGGGAGGUGAAACUGGACGGAUGUAAUCGAACCUGCGUGAGGAAUGUCCUGCAGCCCCGAUGCUGUCCACAGUACUGGGGACCACUGUGUCUGUCCUGUCCGAGCUGGUCGGGGAAAACCUGUAACUUCCAUGGAACCUGUCUGGAUGGAGACCUGGGCAAUGGGACGUGUGUCUGUAACGAUGGAUUCUCUGGUUUUGCCUGUCAGGAAUGUCAGAAUCCAAAUGCUUUUGGAAAAAACUGUGAAAAAGAAUGUGACUGUGUGAACGGAGUCUGUAACAAAGGUCCUGAGGGUGACGGACAAUGUCUGUGCCAGCCUCCGUACACUGGGAGGCGCUGUGACCAAGUGAGUUCCGGCUGCAGGAGUUGCCCGUCGUACUCGUUCUGUACAGGAGAGGGCGCGGCGGCAGCGUGUGAAUGUCUGCCUGGAUACAGGAGGACGCCACAAAACACGUGUGCAAGUCUCUGCUCAGCCAGUCACUGUCACAUCGAUGCCCAGUGCUCCUCACAGGGGUCAAAGGUCAGCUGUGUCUGUAAGCCGGAUUACCAGGGCGACGGCAAAAUCUGCGUACCCAGAAACCCUUGCUCUAACAACAAUGCCGGCUGUCCCACCAACUCCACCGUCUGUGUCUUCACGGGACCCAACAAGUCGCGCUGUGACUGCAUGGUUGGCAUGGCACCUCUAGGUGGCAGCGCGGAGUACGGCUGUCAGCUGAUUUCUGCCUGCUCGCCAGAGACGUGUCACCCCACAGCGACCUGUGAGACUGGACUGGAUGGUCAGCCCAGGUGCAUCUGUCAGUCAGAUCAGAUUGGUGAUGGGUGGCGUUGCUAUGGUAACCUGAUGUUGCAGCUAACUGAGCUGGACCAGAGCGGAAGUGAGUGGGGAAACCUGACAGGAACCAUCACUCUGUUCGCUAAAGGCUGCAUGUUACAGCUGACGCAGCAUGGACCAUUCACAGCAUUCUUACCACUCCUGAGAACCCCUCUGUCUGACAUUAAUGAGGAGCUGGUGUGUAAGAACCACCUGGUCCUGGGUCAGCACCUCUACAGAGACCUGGAGGGACGAGACUUCAACCUGCUUGGUGGCGCCAGAGCUCGAGGCAAAGGAGAUAAGAGGUUCAUCCUGAUGGACGACCCCACCAACGUGUACACGGUUAUACAGGAAAACAUUCCAGCAGCCAAUGGGAUCAUCCACAUCAUCAACAAGCCAAUCACAGCUGGUCGUUCAGCCACGCCUCCUCAUGACCAGCAGUUUGCUGAUAAAACAAUCAAAGAGAUUCUGAGUGAAGAUGGAAAAUUUAACCGCUUCCUGUCGCUGGUUGAUAACUGCGGCUCGCCGCCUCCUCUGAAGGGUCCGGGGCCACUGACUGUCUUUGUGCCGACGAACGAGGCGGUGGACAGAGCUCGAGACGGCAGCAUUCUGUACAUGCUGACUGACGCCAAAUACAAACUACAGGAGUUGCUGAGACAUCACGUCUUCUCCAAGGCUGCACUGAGCAUCGAUGAUUUGGCCCCGCUUUCCCAAAUUCAGACGAUGGCUAAUCAGCUCAUAAAGAUCAGUCUAUCCGACAGUGGUGAGAUCCUAUUGGGUGAGAACGUCCGUCUGCAAAGCACCAACAUCGUGGCAGCCAAUGGCAUCAUACAUAUGAUCGACGGCCUGCUGUACCCGCCCUCAAUACUUCCCAUCCUGCCUCAUCGCUGUGAUGUCAUCGAGAGUAAGAUCACCAUGGGUCCGUGUGUUCACUGCAGCUCCCUGCACCAGACCCAGUGUCCUGAUGGCAGCACCCAAAUGGUCAGUCACAUGAACGGUUGUGAUUACGUCAUUUCUCCGCUCACAAACGCACUCAGCAAAGGUUGUGCCAAAUACUGCAACACAACCAAACAGGUGGCAGAGUGCUGUAAAGGUUUUUACAGCCCAGAUUGUAAACCGUGCAUCGGAGGAUUCCAGCAUCCCUGCUACGACAAAGGAACGUGCUUCGAUGGUAUCCGUGGCAACGGAUCAUGCAGCUGUCAGUCACACUACACGGGUAUUGCCUGCCACAUCUGUGCUGAUCCCUCCAAGCACGGUGAAAACUGUGACGAAGACUGUCGCUGUGUGCACGGCGUGUGUGACAACCGUCCCGGCAGUGCCGGCGUGUGUCGACAAGGAUCCUGCCAAGAUGGAUUUACUGGAGAUUACUGCGAUAAGACGGCUACACUCUGCAAUUCUGACAGCAUGCACCAGCACUGCCACAUCCACGCCUACUGCACGCACAACGGACUGCGCUCCACAUGUGUGUGUCGGGACGGUUAUGAGGGUGACGGCCACUCCUGUUCUCCUAUUAAUCUCUGCCUGAAGAGCAGUCGUGGAGGCUGUGACGUCAAUGCUCAGUGUGUGUUUGCGGGUCCGGGUAAUGUGUCGUGUGUGUGUAUUGAGGGUUGGUCAGGUGACGGUCAAGUGUGUGUUGAGAUCAAUAACUGUCAGCUGGACAGUCGAGGCGGCUGCAGCGCGAACGCCAACUGCAACCACAUCGGCCCUGGACAGAGUGAGUGCGUCUGUAAGUCCGGCUACAUGGGCGACGGCGUGACAUGUGACCUGGUCAACCCGUGUGAGAUGCAAAACGGAGGCUGCCAUGACCUGGCAAAGUGUGAGCUGAAAGAGGGCGGAGUCCUCACCUGUACCUGUCCUGAAGACAUGGCGGGAAACGGGACCUUCUGCUACGGAACAUUACUGGAUGAGCUGGAGAUGAACCCACAGCUAUAUGGCUUCUCCCGGUUCCUCCAGAGGUACAAGCACGCUGUCGAGGACCUGAGUGCAAACCUCACAGUAUUUGUUCCAUCCAGGGAGGCACUGAGGAACAUGAGUUCGGCCCAGGAUUUAUUCUGGACCAGUCGUCUCCACAUGCCUCACUUCAUACGAUCCCACUUCCUGCCUGGAUUCUACUCCAGAGAAGAUCUGGACAGAUUGGUAGGCACCAAGCUGCCCUCGCUCAACACCCCAACCCAGUGGAAGAUCAGCAACAGCAGUGGAGUGCUCCGGUUGGGAAACGCCUCCAUUCUCACCCACAACCUGCCUGCAGUCAAUGGUUACAUCCACAUCAUUGAUCAGGUUUUGUUCCCGCCCCAUUCUGACCUCCCACCUGAUCCUCUCACCCUCAUGGCCUUCCUGAACGUGUCUUCUAAUUUCACUCUGUUCAGAGAGUAUGCGCUGAUGUACAACCUGUCCGAGGAGCUCAGCGUUUUGGAGUUCACCCUCCUGCUGCCGACUGAUGACGCCAUCAGGAAGCACCUCAGCAGGACGAACUCCACCCUGCUGGACUCUGAUUCGUUCAGGUAUCAUGUGAUUGUUCACGAGCUGCUGUAUCCGGACCAGCUGUCUGACGGUCUGCUGAAGAGCACUCUGCUGGGCAGCGACUACCAGGUCCAGUUCCACUUGGACAGCAAAAACCAGACAGCGGUGAAUGAUGUUCCUCUGGAUGGUUCAUUUAUAGAGACACAGUUUGGGAUCAUCAUGGUCCUUCAUCAGGUCCUCCAAAUCCGACACAACCGAUGCAGCCAAGAUGUCACCCUGCAGGUCAACGGCAGGUGUUCAGACUGCGAUGGACCUCCUCGAUGUCUCUUUAACUACAAACCAAUCAAAAGCCAUUUUCCAACCAACAUGCGGCCCAACUGUAAAUUCAGGAAGCGGGUCGGCUUGAGGAGGAAAUGGGUGCAAGGCUGUAUCAUUAAAUGUCUUCGUGUUGCCACGCAUCACUCCUGUUGCCCUGGUUACUAUGGCCAUGAGUGCUUCAAAUGCCCUGGAGAUGUCGGCAGCCCAUGCUUUAAUCACGGGGAGUGUCAGGAUGGUAACCAAGGCAACGGGGAGUGCCGGUGCUUCGAGGGUUUCCAUGGCACGGCGUGUGAGGACUGUGAGCCGGGACGAUAUGGAGUCAACUGUUCUUCCAAAUGCGUUUGCGAUCAUGGGAAGUGUGACGAUGGUCUGACAGGAAGUGGCAGAUGUGUUUGUUAUAAAGGUUGGAGAGGAGCUUCAUGUUCUGCCGAGAUCAAGGACGAUGCCUGUGGAGGUGUGUGUAAUGAGAAUGCAAACUGUAUUACAGGACCAAAGGGAUCUGCUCCGGCGUGUGUGUGUGCAGCUGGAUAUGAAGGCAAUGGAGAAUUCUGCAAAGAGCUGGAUGUGUGCAGCAGGUCUAACGGUGGCUGUUCACAAUUUGCUGCCUGCAUGAUGAUCUCAGCUGGUGAGAGGACUUGUUCCUGUAAUGCCGGCUACACUGGAGAUGGGGUCAUCUGCCUGGAGAUUGACGGCUGUCUGGUUGAUAACGGCGGCUGCCACAAAUCAGCGGAUUGCGUCAGAACCGGUCCAAAUACUACGGCGUGCACCUGUCAACUGGGUUUCUCAGGGUCAGGGAGGUUCUGCUACCCAGUCAACCCCUGUCGCACGAGAAACGGUGGCUGCAGUCCGCACGCUCGCUGCGAGUACCUGGGCAAUGGUCAGAGGAACUGCUCCUGCCGCCCGACCUUCGUGGGUGAUGGUUUUGACUGCCGAGGAAGCACGCAUUUUGAGGUGCUGACUCGCCCAGAGAACGCCUUUUUCCGUCAAAUGUUUUCUAUGUCACAGGCUCGGACUCUUUAUGGUGAUGGACCUUUUACUGUCUUUGUUGCUGAUGAGACGUCCAACAACCAGUCAACAAUCCAGGACUGGAAAGAGUCGGGUCGUAUUGCUGACCUGGUUAAUUACCACAUAGUUUCCUGUGAAAAGUUGACCUUCAGUGACCUGAAAAGCACAGAGCGAGCCGUGGCCGUGUCUGGACACAUGCUGCACUUCAGCCUGCAGAAGGGUUCAGUCUGGAUCAAUAACAGGUCCAGGAUUGUGAGGAGUGAUUACACCACAAUGAACGGGGUCAUUCACUACAUUGACUUCCUGCUGAUGCCCUACAGGCUACAGGACAGGCCACACCUAGAACCCAGCACGAUGAAUUUCAGUACCGCCGCAGUGACAUACGGCUACCAGCGCUUCUAUGCACUGGUGAAGCUGAUGGGCAUCGGUUCGCCGCACAAACAUGCAUCGUAUCGCACCAUGCACGGAUCCUUGCUCACCUACAGCUGUGACAAGAGCCUUGUGGGAGCUGUGUUAAUUAACAGCAACGCAGCAAGAAUGACGGAGCGUUUCCUCAUCUUCAAAGAGGGCGUGGCCUUUGGCAUUGACCAGCUGUUGGAGCCUCCUGGUCUGGGAGCGCACUGUGACGACCUUGAGAACCGUACCACUUUUGGAAUAUGUGGACGCUGUUCCCUUGUUCCACACUGUCCCUUCAAACAUCAAGACAUGGGAAUGACGGAACCGUGUAGGAUGAGGUCCAUGUCUCAGAGGAGAUACUCAUCAUGGAGUUUCAGAGAUCGCUUCACACACAGACAAACCGGCUGUAAGAGGGUCUGUAGUUUUCCCUCCUGGGUCCAAAAGUGCUGUAAAAACCACUACGGUCAAGACUGUCAAGUUUGUUCAGGUGGUGUGGCGGCCCCUUGUGGUGAUCAUGGAGACUGUGAUGAUGGCAUAGCCGGCUCAGGACUCUGCAGAUGUCAUAAAGGCUUCAGAGGAACAGCCUGCCAACUGUGCCAGACCAACUUCUACGGCCCCAACUGCACCGCUUGUAAUUGUGCGGCGACGGGUCAGUGUGAUGACGGCGUGGAAGGCUUUGGAAACUGUGUCUGUCAGGCUGGCUGGGAAGGUGUGCGCUGCCAGAACAAAAUAGGCUCAGUUCCAGAGGUGUGCCGGCGGUGCCACGCUCAGGCCGACUGUAUACUACCUGUUGGAUGUCAAUGCAGACCUGGUUUUCAAGGGAAUGGUACCUUCUGCAGCCCAGUACCACCUCCUGACCUCUGCUCCGAGUACAACGGCGGCUGUCAUCAGAACGCAGACUGUAACCAGACCGGACUGACCGUCAGCUGCACCUGUCAAAGCGGUUACCAAGGAGACGGCACCUCCUGUGACCCCAUCAAUAGGUGCAUUGAAGAGGUUAACGGCGGUUGUAGUGACUUUGCCUCCUGUACGUUCACCGGCCCGAAUGAACGUGAGUGUGAGUGCCUGCCGGGAUACGUGGGUAAUGGAGUCCAGUGUCUGGAAAAGGUGGUGCCUCCUGUCGACCGCUGCCUGGAAGAGAAUGGUGGCUGUGACCCCAUAGCCACCUGCAAGGAUUUACACUACCACGCCAACACAGCCGGAGUGUACCACCUGCGCUCUCCAGCAGGGAAGUACAAGAUGAACUUUAGCCAAGCUGAAGCUGCCUGCCAGGCAGACGGCGCCGUGCUCGCCAACCUCAAACAGCUGGGAGAUGCGCAACAGCUGGGGAUGCACCUGUGCGUGGCCGGGUGGAUGGACGGCGGGAAGGUGGGGUACCCGACUCGCUUCUCCUCAGCCAAGUGCGGAGACAACCACGUGGGCGUGGUCCUCUACAAAGAACCCUUGGACAACAGCAGCAUGUACGACGCUUACUGCUACAGGCUCAAAGAUGUGUCCUGUGUGUGUCCCUUUGAUUAUGUUGGAAAUGGCGACUUCUGUAACGGCGUCCUGACCAACGUCCUUGCAACCUACACAAACUUCUCUCACUUUUACAAGUUCCUGUUGGACUAUAGCGGCUCGUCAUCAGACGGCAGACAGCUUGUGGACUAUCUGUCCCACAGGAAGUCUGAUGUCACGCUGUUUGUUCCUCAUGACGCCGGCUUCACCCCAAACCAGACGCUGUCCGGAAGAGAUCUCGAGUAUCACAUCUCAGCCAAUUGCAGCAGGCUCUACAAGGAUCUGAAACACCAGGAAGUCAUCACAUCCAGACUGGGGGUCGACUUGAUUGUUACCCAUGGCAACAACACGAGUGUGAAGAUGGUGAACCAGCGGCUGCUGUUGGACUGGGACAUUCCUGCCUUAAAUGGGAUCAUCCAUGUCAUCGAGCGCCCGCUGAUGGCGCCGGCGCUGCCUCCGCCAAUCUCCCAUCAGGCAUCCCGUAGCCCCGCCUACUCAAGUGGAACAGUGUCAGCCAUCUUGGUGUUGAUGUUUCUGAUGUGCGCUCUGGCGGCCUUUGGCUAUUACGUCUUCAAACACAAGACGGAUGCCUUCCGCUUCCACUACUUCAGGAAUGAGGAUGAGGGCGGAGCAGCGGGUGGGAGGUCCAAACCCACGCUGGUAUCCAUCCCCAACCCUCUGUACAGCGGCUCCAGAGUCUUCGCCGAACCGUUUGGGGUAAGUCCAUCAGCAGACACCUGAGCCAGAACUUUAGUU